AUGUUUCGUCUCGUUGAACCAGGAGGUACCCCAGCCGAGAGUUACAGGGCUACCCCUCCACCGGCCGCUGACGUCGAAGCUAUUGCAACCGAUAUCUCUAACACUCGCAUCAAUGAACCAUGUCUCGAUCUCAGCCUUGGAGUUGGGAGCGCUAGUAACAUUGCUCGUGUUGAUUUGGUGAUCGACGUUGAUUCCUCUUCCGAUGCCGAGGAUGUUAGCGGAUACGAAGAGCAGGCUACACAUGGUGUGAUAGGAGAAUUGAUGAGGGCAAGGUUCGUUGGAAAUGGAAUGGGCCCACGUCCAAACGAGAUAGUUCAAGUUAUGCUGGGUGAUCACAAUAUGAGAAUUUCGUAUUGGAUGGCAUGGAGAUCAAGGGAGGCAGAAAUUCAUACUGAAAACGAUCCAACCAUUGGCGAUAGAUUCAAAUACAUGUUCCUCGCAGUUGGUGCAUCUAUUAGUGGGUUUAAACACAUGUGCAAUGUCAUCAUUGUAGAUGGAGCACACUUAAGGGGUAAAUUUUCCGGUUGCUUACUAACAGCUUCAGCACAGGAUGGUAACUACCAAGAGUGGUUCUUCACAAUGCUUCUACAAUUCGUCCCCAACUCUGAAACUCUUGUCUUCAUUUCGGAUAGACACUCUUCAAUUUACUAUGGAAUUGCAAAGGUAUACCCGGCUGCUAAACAUUGUGCAUGCAUCUUGCACCUGAAACGCAACAUCCGCACAUAUUUCAAAAACAAACAUCUUGGGUUCCUGGAAGGCAAGGCGGCUAGGGCGUUUCGUCUUGCAGAAUUCUACAGCUCUUUCAAUGAAAUAAAGACCAUUAAUCCCUCAUGCGCUGACUACCUGAUAAGUAUCGGUUUUGAGCAUUGGGCUAGAUCCCAUUUUCAAGGAAAUCGCUACAACAUUAUGACAAGCAAUGUGGCUGAGUCUUGGAAUGCUGUACUUCGCGAGGCAAGGGACUACCCUGUGUUGUCUAUGAUCGAAUUUAUUCGUUCAAAACUGAUGACCUGGUUUGCGGAACGUUGCAACGUUAUCAACGAAGGAAGUGGCCGUUUGACCCCACGGGUUCUACAGAUACUUGAGGGAAACUUCGAGCAGAGCGGGGGAUUUUUUGUUAGCCGGAUCAACGCAUUAGAGUUUGAUGUGAAAGACAAGAAUGGAAUUUCAUCCCACGUAAACCUCUCAACAAAUUCUUGUAGUUGUUUUGCAUUCCAGUUGCUCAAGAUUCCAUGCUCACAUGCCAUAGUAGCUGCUAUAAAAGAAAAAAUCAGUGUCGAAUCUCUUGUGUUUGAGGUCUACAAUUUGGAGAAGCUUCAGUCUGCAUAUGCAGAAGCUGUAUACCCCAUUUGUGAUGCGGCUGGAGAUAUUGAAUUAAACGUGGAAGGCAGUGUGGAUAUGGCUCCUGAAACCCGCUAG